AUGGCCACCUUCUAUGGGCACGCGCCAGCCAGCCAGCCACCGGCACCCGACCAGCCCAUCAAGAUGCAAGGGUUCCCGCUGCCCCAUCUGCCCGGCGGCGCCCCCACCCCGCACUCUUCGUCGUCGCUCCCACCAGCGAGCCAGCCCCUCGCCGCGUUCGCCCACCUGUACCCGCACCUCGCCCACCAGUCCCACCUCGAGCACCACCUCGGCCACCCGCCGCAACCGGGCCAAGGACCCGGCAUCGACCCUUCCAUCCUCCUCGGCUUCACCCCCGCCGGCCAGCACCAGCACCACCAGCACCACCACGACCUCGCCACCGAGUCGCACUACGGCUCGCUCGGCAACGGCGCGUUCGGCGGCCCUCACCCGGGCACGAGCGUCCUCAGCGACGCCGACCUCGACUUUGAGAGCGUCCUCGCCUCGCUCGGCGCCGCCGCCCACCAGCAGCCGCCCCAGCACCAACAAGGGCACCACCACCAGCCCCAUGCCCGUGCUGUCUACGGCAGCCACGAGGCCCACACCGACAUCUUUGCCGCCGGCGGCAUGUUCGACCAGGCCGCCAUGCACCCUCCUCCCCUCGACGGCCAGCAGCUCAGCCCGCGCCUCCAGCUCGACCGCAUGCCCUCGUACUUCACCCAGCAUGUGCCGCCACCUCAGCAGCAGCAGCAGCAGCAGACCCAGCCGCAGCCCCAACAGCACGAGUCGUUCCCCUCGCCCGCCGUCCCGAGCUCGUCGUCCUCGGCCAAGCCCGCCGAGCGCGGACGCGGCACCUCGUCGAAACGCUCGGCGUCAACCGAGCGCACCGGUCGCACGGGCCGCACCGCCUCGACCGGGGGCGGCAGCGUCGGCAAGGCGCCGCGCCAGUCGCGCUCGCGCAGCGCGAGGCGCUCGUCCUCGGCCGCGGGCUACGACCGCGACAGGCCGUCGCCGACCUCGCGCGAGUCGGGUGGCCGGCGCGGUGCGGCAGCAGUGGCGGCGGCGGCGGCGGCGGCGGGCGCCGCGAGCGGGACCGGUGAGGAGGGCGCCGACCCGAGCCCGGCGGCCACGCCUGGCAGCGGCGCCGGUGCGGCCAACGGCGCGAUCGGGAUCCCGGUCGCGUCGUCGUCGUCGUCCUCCUCCUCGGCCAAGGCGGCCGAGCACGCGUCGCAUCACCAGUACGCCAUGAGCCUGCCGGCGUACCCGUCGACGAGCCUCUCGGGCACGCCGUCGUCGCUUCCCGGCGGCGCAGGCGGCGGAGCCUGGGGCGCCCUCGCCGCCGCACACCCGCACGCGUUCCCGGCGCACGCCUUCAACAGCGCGUCCCCCAACGGCGGCGGCGGCGGCGGCGUGCAGCAGCAGCAGGCCGACCCGGCGACCGGCUGGAGGCCCUCGCCGCCUCCUGGAGCCGCCGCGAGUGCGCCACCGGCGACAGGGCUCGCGGGCAGGUCGCCGACGGCGGGAGGAGGUGUCAAGGCGCCGGGCAAGAAGGGCAAAGGGCUCGCCGACGUGCAGGAGGAGGACGACGGCAAAGGCGACCAGCUGCUCGAGAAGCGCCGCAAGCGCCGCGAGUCGCACAACGCCGUCGAGCGCCGCCGCCGCGACAACAUCAACGACCGCAUCGCCGAGCUGUCGCUCCUCGUCCCCGAAACGUUCCUCGUCCCCGGGUCACCGCCUCCCGACGGCUCGGCGAGCGGCGCGAGCGUGCUGCCCCCUGUCGAGGAGGGCCCGGCGAGCCCGGCCAUUGGCGCUCUGAGCCUCAUGAGCCCCGGCCCGUCGAGCGCGGCUGUCCUGAGCGGGUCGCCGGCGAGCGCGCCCGGGGCAGGAUUCGCGACGCGGGCGAGCGCGCAGCAGCAGCAGCAGUCGGCGGCGGCCGAGAAGCUGAGUGCCCAGCAGCUCGCGGCCAAGGAGAAGCCGAACAAGGGCGUCGUCCUCGCCAAGAGCGUCGAGUACAUCAAAUACCUGCAGCAAAUGGUCGAGCUCUCGCAGCAGCACGCCGUCGAGCUCCAGCGCCAGAAUGCCGCCCUGCGCGACGCUCUGGCCUCGUCCUCGGCCCAGAACCCGCACGCCCUGGACGUCCACCAUCCCGCCUCGUCCUCGUUCCCCAAGUCGACCGCCGCCAGCUCGUCCUACUCGGCCCAGGCGACCAACCCUUCCGGCUCUCCCGCCUCGCCAAACACACACGCGCACGCGAACGGUGCCGCGACGAGUGCGACCGCGCUCGGUCUUGCGCUCGAGUCGCCCGACAGCAACGGCGGCGGCGGCGUCGCGUCCGGGUCGUUUUUCGACUUUGGGCAGGCGAGCGAGCACGGCCAAGGCGGCGACGAGCUCAAGCACGAGAGUGCGGAUGGGGCCGGCGAGCGCGAGGAGGAGGACAGGUGCCGGUCGGCGGGAGGAGGAGGAGGAAGGAGCGCCCGGGCGGGCGAGCGCGCGUGGACGCCCAUGCUCGAGGGGCUCGACAUGGAGGCGCUUGCGGCGCUCAAGGAGGAGGACAUGGACCAGUCCUAGCCGCGCAGAUGGCGUCGGCGCGCCGAGUCUCGACUUCCGACCUCUCGAUCCCUCUCGACUGCGGCUCUCGCGCUCUCUCUCUCUCCCUCCCUCCCUCCUCACGACCUUAUCCCCUCGUCCACAUAAUGCUCGAACCCCUCCCUCCUAUCUGUCUUCUCCCUUCUCUCACGAGCUCCCGCAACCCCCGGCAAAUACCCUCUCCUCAGUACCGCCUUCCCCUCGCCGCAGCGCGACGAGGCUGUGUCCCUCCCUUGUACUUUCUCGCCCCCUCGCGGACCCUCGGUGAAACUCGAGCAACGGUCUUUUGG